UUUUUUGAGACAGUCUCACUCUGUCGCCCAGGCUGGAGUGCAGUGGCACGAUCUUGGCUCACUGAAACCUCCGCCUCCCGGGUUCAAGCGAUUCUUCUGCCUCAGCCUCCCAAGUAGCUGGGACUCCAGGCGCGCGCCACCACGCCCGGCUAAUUUUUAUAUUUUUAGUAGAGACGGGGUUUCAUCAUAUUGGCCAGGCUGGUCUCGAACUCCUGACCUUGUGAUCCGCCCGCCUCGGCCUCCCAAAGUGCCUGGAUUACAGGCGUGAGUCACCGCGCCCGACCUAUAAUCUUUUUUUAUUUUAGGGCUCCAAUUCUUCACAUAUUUGCUGUUACUUUUUGUUAAUAAGAAAAACCUAAAUUCCACUGACAUCAGAGAACUGCUUCAGCCUGGCUAAACAGCAAGAAGCCAAGAAGAGGAUUCCCGAGUCCGGGAGCUCCGAGAAUUUGGAGAUUCUUUUGUCACACUCUCGGUAACCCUCUCUCACUCGCUCGCUCUUUUCUUUUCUUUUUUUUUUUCUUUUUUCUUUUUUUUUUUUUAGCGCGAAGAGGGCGGCAGCUGGGAGUUCUGGGAAACGUAUUCCAGAACUCUGUCCGGAAACAAUUGGGCCGCAGGAGCGCGGGCCUUCUGGGAAGGGUAGUUCAGGAGCUCUGGGCAGGCAGAGCCACUUCCGCCCCGGAGAGCGAGGCCGCCACCAUCUUUUGGGUCCGGGAGGAAGGAUUGAGUCAUGGGGCUCCAGUGCGUGGGGAUGUUUACUGCCGUUUAUCCGGGAUAGAGACUCCAUCGUGCUGACAGCAUCCUUUUAUUCAUCGCCUCCGAAUUCGCAAAGAGGAGGAAGGAGGGACUUCUUGGCUUCUACCAGCAUAGCCCCAGUUAUGCCAUCUCGGGACUGUGACCUUCCCCAGAAAGAGCAGGAGAAAAUGACCAAGUUUCAGGAGGCUGUGACAUUCAAGGAUGUGGCUGUGGUCUUCUCCAGGGAGGAACUGCGACUGCUGGAUCUUACCCAGAGGAAGCUGUACCGAGAUGUCAUGGUGGAGAACUUCAAGAACCUGGUUGCAGUGGGGCAUCUUCCCUUCCAACCAGAUAUGGUAUCCCAGUUGGAAGCAGAAGAAAAGCUUUGGAUGAUGGAAACAGAAACCCAAAGAAGCAGCAAGCAUCAAAAUAAGAUGGAGACACUCCAAAAAUUUGCAUUAAAAUACCUUUCAAAUCAAGAGCUGUCCUGCUGGCAAAUCUGGAAACAGGUUGCAAGUGAAUUAACCAGGUGUCUUCAGGGGAAGAAUUCCCAGUUACUACAAGGUGACUCUCUUCAGGUUUCUGAAAAUGAGAACAGUAUAAUGAACUCUAAAGGAGAUAGCUCUAUUUAUAUUGAAAAUCAAGAGUUUCUAUUUUGGAGAACCCAACAUUCUUGCAGGAAUACAUAUCUGAGUGAGUCACAGAUUCAGAGUAGAGGUAAGCAAAUUGAUGUGAAAAAUAACCUGCAUAUACAUGAAGACUUCAUGAAGAAAUCACCAUUUCAUGAGCAUAUUAAAACUGACACAGAACCAAAACCCUGCAAAGGUAAUGAAUAUGGCAAAAUCAUUAGUGAUGGCUCCAAUCAGAAAUUACCCUUAGGAGAGAAACCCCAUCCAUGUGGUGAGUGUGGAAGGGGCUUCAGUUAUAGCCCAAGGCUUCACCUUCAUCAGAAUGUUCACACAGGAGAAAAAUCCCUCGGUCAAAGCUCACAUCUGCAAACUCAUCAGAGAAUUCACCCAGGAGAGAAACUCAAUAGAUGUCAUGAAUCUGGUGAUUACUUCAAUAAGAGCUCUUUUCAUUCUUAUCAACCUAAUCAUACAGGAGAGAAGUCCUAUAGAUGCGACAGUUGCGGCAAGGGAUUCAGUAGCAGCACGGGUCUUAUCAUUCAUUACAGAACUCAUACUGGAGAGAAACCGUAUAAAUGCGAGGAAUGUGGUAAAUGCUUUAGUCAAAGUUCAAAUUUUCAGUGCCAUCAGAGAGUCCACACUGAAGAAAAACCAUACAAAUGCGAAGAGUGUGGUAAGGGCUUUGGUUGGAGUGUUAAUCUCCGUGUUCACCAGAGGGUCCACAGGGGUGAGAAACCCUAUAAAUGUGAGGAAUGUGGUAAGGGCUUCACUCAGGCUGCACAUUUUCAUAUCCAUCAGAGAGUCCACACUGGAGAGAAACCCUACAAAUGUGAUGUGUGUGGUAAGGGCUUCAGCCACAAUUCACCAUUAAUAUGCCAUCGGAGAGUCCACACUGGAGAGAAGCCAUACAAGUGUGAGGCAUGUGGGAAAGGCUUUACCCGUAAUACAGAUCUGCAUAUUCAUUUCAGAGUUCACACGGGAGAGAAACCCUAUAAAUGUAAGGAGUGUGGUAAGGGCUUCAGUCAGGCCUCAAAUCUUCAAGUACAUCAAAAUGUCCACACUGGGGAGAAAAGAUUCAAAUGUGAAACGUGUGGGAAGGGCUUCAGUCAGUCCUCAAAGCUUCAAACCCAUCAGCGAGUCCACACUGGAGAGAAACCAUAUAGAUGUGAUGUGUGUGGUAAGGACUUCAGUUAUAGUUCAAAUCUUAAACUACACCAAGUAAUUCACACUGGAGAAAAACCAUAUAAAUGUGAGGAAUGCGGGAAGGGCUUCAGUUGGAGAUCAAAUCUUCAUGCACAUCAACGAGUUCACUCAGGAGAAAAACCCUAUAAAUGUGAGCAGUGUGAUAAGAGCUUCAGUCAGGCCAUAGAUUUUCGGGUACAUCAGAGAGUCCAUACUGGAGAGAAGCCAUACAAAUGUGGUGUCUGUGGCAAGGGCUUCAGUCAGUCCUCUGGUCUUCAAUCCCAUCAGAGAGUCCACACGGGUGAAAAGCCAUACAAAUGUGAUGUGUGUGGAAAGGGCUUUAGAUACAGUUCACAGUUUAUAUACCAUCAGAGAGGCCACACUGGAGAAAAACCUUACAAAUGUGAAGAGUGUGGGAAAGGCUUUGGUAGGAGCUUGAAUCUUCGUCACCAUCAGAGGGUCCACACAGGAGAGAAACCCCAUAUAUGUGAGGAGUGUGGUAAGGCCUUCAGUCUCCCCUCAAACCUUCGAGUCCACCUGGGUGUUCACACCAGGGAAAAACUCUUUAAAUGUGAAGAGUGUGGUAAAGGUUUCAGUCAGAGUGCACGUCUUGAAGCCCAUCAGAGAGUCCAUACUGGAGAAAAACCAUACAAAUGUGACAUAUGUGAUAAGGACUUCCGUCACCGUUCACGUCUUACGUAUCAUCAGAAAGUCCAUACUGGUAAAAAGCUUUAGAAAUGAGAAAUGUUUUACCAACUGUUGUCUGCACAUCUUCAAGUUUUUGGAGAGUCUAUGCUGAUGGUAAACCCUAUAGAAUUACUGAGAGUGGAAGGGGGUUUGUUCACACUUGGAAUCUUUCUAACAAAUCCAUCAAGAUGAUAACAGAACCAUGAACAGGAAUAGAACUCGUAUUUAGGGGAGAAACAGGGCUUGUGGCUCUCUUGGUAAGAUCUAGUUAAUAUAAAUGAUCACCUUUCAAUGUGAAUAUAUGUCUGAAGAUAAUAUGUGGAAGGAUAUUUGCCAUAUGCUAACUGGUUUUUUGGCCAGGGAGAGUUUCGGGUUAUUAUCCCUUUUCUUUAAUUUUCAUUUUAUACUUACAGUGAUCAUUAUUUUCAUAAAAGCUGUAAAGCUAUGAAAAAUGAAUAAAAUUACUGACUAAAAA